GAGCUUACACCAAACAAAAUUCCUUCUCCGAAAGGCGAAAGCAAUCAAAGAGAAAACGCAAGAGGUAAAAGGCUAACGUGCGCCGCCAGUGACCGUUAUCUAAACGGCGCCAAAUAUUCUGAGGGGAACACUCACCCACACAAACACACAUACACCACUUUCUCUCUCUUUCUUUUGCCGGCGAACAUGGAGAAAGGCUUCUCUCCCGUCGGUCUCAGAGUUCUUGUUGUGGACGACGACCCAACCUGGCUCAAGAUUCUCGAGAAAAUGCUCAAGAAGUGUUCUUACGAAGUGAUGUCGGUGGACGGAGAAACCAGCAGGGUCAUGAAAGGAGUUCAGCAUGGAGCGUGCGAUUACCUCUUGAAGCCGAUAAGAAUGAAGGAACUGAAGAUCAUAUGGCAACAUGUUCUGAGAAAGAAGCUUCAAGAAGUGAGAGACAUCGAAGGCUGCUAUUAUGAAGGAGGAUCUGAUUGGAUCACCAGAAACGAUGAAGCACAUUUUUUUGGAGGAGGUGAAGAUGUUUCUUUCGGGAAAAAGAGGAAAGACUUUGACUUUGAGAAGAAGCUUCUUCAGGAUGAGAGCGACCCAUCUUCUUCCAAGAAAGCUAGAGUUGUGUGGUCUUUCGAGCUUCACCAGAAGUUUGUCAACGCGGUUAACCAAAUCGGAUGCGAUCACAAAGCUGGUCCCAAGAAGAUAUUGGACCUCAUGAAUGUUCCAUGGCUCACUAGGGAAAAUGUCGCAAGCCACCUUCAGAAAUACAGACUUUACCUGAGUAGAUUGGAGAAAGGGAAGGAGCUAAAGUGUUAUUCCUCUAGUGGAGCAAAGAAUAUGGAUUCAUCUCCAAAAGAUGCUGAAUUGAAUUCAGGCCACCAAAGCCCUGGCAAGAGCAACUAUGUAUUCUCUGGGGGCAAUUCUCUGAUCCAUAAAGCAACAGAGACUGAUCCAAAGCCACUUGCUUCAGCUUCUGUGUCUGAUCCCAACAGUGAUGUCCACAUGCCUCCAAAAGCGAAGAAGACGCGUAUAGGAUUUGAUCCUCCUCUUUCCUCAAGUGCCUUUGACUCUCUCCUUCCCUGGAAUGAUGUUCCAGACCCACUUGAAUCCAAACCCCCGAUUCUGUAUGAGAACAGCUUUCUCCAGCAACAACCAUUGCCUACUCAAAGCUCUUAUGUUGCAACUUCUGCACCGUCUCUCAUGGAAGAAGAAAUGAAACCUCCUUAUGAGACCACGGCAGGAGGAGGAACUUGUGUGAAUGCGGAUGAGUUCCUCAUGCCACAGGACAAAAUCCCUGCUGUAACCCUCCAAGAUCUGGACUUGUCCGCUCCUUCUGCCAUCUCAUCCAUGAAGCUGCAGGAGUUCACCUCAAAUGUAACCAGCAACACACAGUCGAUCUGGGAACUUCCAGAAUCACAUCACUCUGGCUCUUUAGACACUGACUUAGACUUGAGUUGGCUACAAGGCGAGCGGUUUCUUGCAAACAUUAGUAGCCCAUCACUCAUAUACGAGCUCCCACCACACCUUUGGUUUGGAAACGAGCGGCUGUCCGACCCUGAAGAGUAUACCCUCAUGGUAGACCAAGAAAGAUUUUGUGGGUAUACC